GAAAGUGGUCAUAGUGAAUUUAGGUGUUCAUCGAAGCUGAUGGAUAUUUAAACUUCACUGUGCGGACGGUGAGGGUAAUUACUUGUUUUGGUGUGUUUGAACAAAUUAAGAACGUGAAGUUCUACAUUGAAGAGUAAAAUGGCAGACACAACGAUAGAAGACUAUCCGAACAGAAUAGCCGAAAUAUUUGCACACAAAACUAUAUUAAUAACAGGAGUUACAGGCUUCGUGGGAAAAGUUUUUUUAGAAAAACUACUUCGAACAUGUCCCGAAAUUAAGAAAAUACUUGUCAUGGUUAGAACAAAAAAAGACAAGAACCCUAACGAGAGAAUGAAAGAUGUGUUUGCUGGACCUCUAUUCAGUUUACUAAACAAACAAAACGGACCAGAAAUAUUCCAAAAAGUUGAAGCUGUCUCUGCAAAUUUGGAAACUAGAGAUUUAAGUUUGUCGUCCGAAGACAGGGAAAAAAUAACUAAAGAAGUGGAUAUGAUCUACCAUUGUGCCGCUAGCAUCAGAUUUGAUGAGACUUUACAAAAGGCGGUGUUUCUUAACACUAGGGGUACAAAAUUAAUGUUGCAGUUGGCUAAAGCUUGCAAAAGAUUACUUGUUUUUGCUUAUUUAAGUACAGCUUACUGUCACUUGAAGGAAAGGAUUUUGUAUGAAAAGACCUACCCUCCUCCAGCCGAUCCAGAUAAAGUAAUUAAAGCUUGUGAGUGGUUGAACCAAGAAACGCUAGAAUGUAUUACAAAUAAAAUUUUAAAGGACAUACCUAAUACCUAUGCUUUCACUAAAGCCCUUGCUGAAGGGCUAGUGACGGAUGAAAUGGAUAAUCUACCUGUUAUAAUUCUAAGGCCUUCAGUUAUUGUUCCUGUUUGGAAGGAGCCUGUAGUUGGAUGGACUGAUAACAUAAAUGGUCCUACAGGUCUUCUUAUAGCGGCAGGGAAAGGAGUGCUACGUACUAUGUACUGCCAAAAAGAAACCUAUGCUGACUAUGUACCUGUCGAUAUAGUAGCGAAUUUUUUAUUUUGUUGUACUUUUUUUUAUCUACAGAAUCAGAAACGUAUUUUUAAUAUUACUAGUUCAUUCCAACACAAAGUGACGAAUCAACAAGUCAUAGAUAUAGGUAGAAGCGUUGUUUGUAAUGAUCUACCUUUUAAUGGAGUGUUAUGGUACCCUGGUGGCUCCAUGAAGAAGUGGCGGUGGCACCACAAUCUAGAGUUUCUCCUGUUUCAGUGGAUUCCAGCAGUGGUUUUGGAUGGGUUGUUGGUUUUACUGGGAUAUAAGUCAGUAUUAAUGAAAGUGCAAAAAAGAAUAUCUAAAGGUUACGAUGUGUUCGAGUACUAUGCCAAUAGGCAAUGGGAUUUUAACAAUGACGGAACUUUAAAAGCGAUAAAUACUCUGAAUCCUAGAGAAAAAUCUGUUUAUAAAGUGGAUGGAGAGGACAUCGACUACCACCAGUACUUUAGGAACUGUAUACAUGCAGCAAGAACAUAUAUUUUGAAGGAACCAGAUGACACUAUUCCUUCUGCAAAAAAACACAUGGAAAGAAUGCGGAUAGUCGAUAAAGUGUGUAAAAUAGCAUUCAUAUUUGGACUGUUUUAUGUCAUGUACAAAUAUGUAUUUAUGCCGAUUUUUUGCUUUUAUUUUAAUUGGUAAAGAUUAUAGUUUUUGUUUUAUAUUAACUCCAGUAAAUAUACAGUUUACAGGCCUUAAUAGGUAUGACUGUUAGUAGCAAUAAAAAUUCGCUCACCACUUUAUAAUAUGUUUACCAUCUACAACAGUACUAGUAACAGACAUAAGGAUUUGGACAUCU